UUGGCUCAAUCCCAUUUGACGUUUCCACCGUAAACGAACACAACACAGGCAAUCGAACGAAAAUACGCAGCACGGCAGUUCUUCUCAUCUCCUUGAAUGUUUAAACUUCGAAAGUGCUUGCCUUGCAGUUUCCUGAAACAGCUGAAUCAGAAAUCUCGCCUAAAUCAAUCCGUGUACUGUGUUUAGUGAAACGCUGGAGCUUGAAAUACGGUUGCGAGCCGAGUCAUUACCGUGCAGUGCUAAAUGUCGUACACACUACUGCAUCUCUUUGUUGUGUUUCUUUCUCUUUCCGGCUUCCGUGCUGAUAGUGUGGGAAUGUUUGUUUGACCUGUAGAGCACAUCAUUCACAGUGUAGGGCCAGUGGAAUUAGUCAUCAUCAGCUGAGUUGAAAUCCGAUGCGGGUUAUCAUAAAGUUUUACCAAACUGUGACCACAUUUUAAUCACGAAACAAAAUGUCGUCCCAAAGGCGACUAAUCGAUUGCGAAAGUGACGAAGAAAACAUCCGCGAAGAAGUACCCACUCACCGGCGAAAUCGGCGAAAUGAACCGACGGACUUCAAUAUACCCGUCACGAAUGAAGCGGACGCGGAUCCUGCGUUCAACCUAAACAGACGUUCGAAGGAAGCUUCCCAGUAUGAGAGUUUGGAUUACGAUGUGUGCGAAAAUGUGCUGUGGCGCCGAGAACAAACGAAGAUUAAACCAAAGUUCACCGUGCGGAAGGAUUUCUCCCGGUGGGUCAUUUCGCUACAGAUCGGUGUCUGUACGGCGCUCGUUGCCUGCUGCAUCAACAUCGUGAUCGAGGAGGUUUCGCGCCUCAAGUACGGAUUCCUGAAGCGCCAGGUCGACGAGAAUGUGCUGCGCGGUGAUCUUAGCAUUCCCUACCUGUACUGGUCCCUGCUAAAUCUCGUCCCGGUCGUCAUCGGAGCCACGCUGGUUGCGUACGUGGAACCGGUUGCUGCCGGCAGUGGCAUUCCGCAGGUGAAGUGCUACCUGAACGGUGUAAAGGUGCCACGCAUCGUGCGCAUCAAAACGCUCGCGGUGAAGGCGGUCGGUGUGGCCACAUCCGUAAUCGGUGGCCUAGCCGGUGGAAAGGAAGGGCCGAUGAUACACAGCGGUGCCGUUAUUGCGGCCGGCAUUUCGCAAGGCAAAAGCACCACCUUCCGGCGUGAUUUGAGGAUCCUGCAGCACUUCCGGGACGAUCACGAAAAGCGAGACUUUGUGGUGGGCGGGGCGGCAGCGGGUGUGGCGGCCGCUUUCGGCGCACCGAUCGGUGGCAUUCUGUUCUCGCUCGAAGAGGCAGCCAGCUUCUGGAACCAGAGUCUCAUUUGGCGCACGUUUUUCGCGUCGAUCAUCAGCUCCUUUACGCUCAACCUCAUCCUGUCGGCGUACCACGGGCUGAGCAGCUUCCACUACCGUGGUUUGUUCAAUUUGGGAGAGUUUGCACCGCUCCCGUUCGAGUACUUCGAGCUGCCGAUCUUUAUGCUGAUGGGUGUGCUGGGCGGCUGUUCUGGUGCGCUGUGGAAUGCGGUCAACAGUCGGAUCAACAUGUUCCGGGCGCAUGCCAUCAAGCCGCGCUGGGCAAAGGUGCUGGAGGCGGCAUUUGUGGCCGUGCUGGGCGCGACCUUUGCCUGUUUGAUGGCCUACACGAUCAAUGACUGCCGGCCGUUGGGACGCGAUCCGACGGAGCAUCCGGUGCAGCUGUUCUGCCAGGAUAAUGAGUAUAAUGCGGCUGCGGCCCUGUGGUUCCAAACGCCCGAAGCAACGGUUAAGGCACUGUUCCACGAUCCACCUGGUUCGCACAAAAUCCUCACGCUGGCGGCGUUUGUGCUGAUCUACUAUCCGCUGUCGUGCGUGACGUACGGGCUGAGCGUAUCGCUGGGCAUUUUCAUUCCCACCCUACUGAUCGGAGCUGCCUGGGGACGCUUGCUUGCCUCCUUUACGGUUCUCGCGUUUCCCGCCUCGAGCGCCUUUGUGUCGCCCGGGAAGUACGCGCUGAUUGGAGCAGCCGCCCAGCUAGGCGGCGUUGUUCGAAUGACGCUUAGCUUGAGCGUGAUCCUGCUGGAAACGACGGGCAACAUUGGCUUCAUCCUGCCCAUCAUACUAACACUGAUGACGGCCAAAUGGAGCGGCGAUUACUUCAACGAGGGCAUCUACGACAUCCAGAUACAGGCAUCGCGCGUCCCCAUGCUGCCGUGGCACGUCGAGCCGGAGUAUCAGAAUCUCUCGGCCCACCACAUUAUGGCCCGACCGGUCGUGUGCGUACGGCUCGAGGAGAAGGUUCAAUAUCUGAUGGACAUACUGAAAAACACGUCCCACAAUGGAUUCCCCGUGGUGGAGGAUGGUGACGAUGGAUCGCGCGUUAACGGUCGUCUCAUCGGAUUGAUCCUUCGCUCGCAGCUGGUGGUGAUACUGAAGCACAGCUACUACCAAGAAUCGAGCAGCUUCUGGGAGUCAACCGUCAGCAUCGAAGCGUUUCGUGACGCGUAUCCUCGCUAUCCCGCCGUUGAGGAUCUACACGUGAACGCACAUAAACGGAGCGGCAAAUUCUCGGUCAAUAUGGAAAUGUUUAUGAACCCGUCACCGUACAGCGUCGAGGAAGGCACAUCGGUGCCUCGCAUCUUCCAGCUGUUCCGGGCUCUGGGUUUGCGCCAUCUCGUCGUGGUGUCGUCGGAGAAUCGUGUGCGGGGCAUAAUUACGCGCAAAGAUUUCCUGAAGCAUCAUUAGAUACUCUCCCUCUCUCUCUCUCUCUAUUGCGUAAGCGGUGUAACAUGCCAAAAUGUGAAUUUGUGAUGCUAUGUGCUUGUUUUAUUCGGAUGAUGAAGAAGCGCCUGAAUGUUGUACUUUUACUUUUACGACCGAUGUAGUGUACGUAUAACGAACGAACGAUAUUGGGUGGGCGGUCUGAGUGCCUUUAGCGCAAUUGAACUGAACAGGCCCGGCAGAACGUCGCCACAAAGGCGAGAAGGCGAGAUCAGGCAGGCUGUUAUUUACAUGGAAUCACAUACAAUAAUAUACAUUAAGUAGGAUUAAAA